AUGUUUUUCAUAUUUGGAAAUUUAAUUUAUAUCAUCGUCCUUCUCACCAACGCCGUCGCAAUUUUAUCUGAAGAUCGUUUCCUCGCACGCAUCGGCUGGUCCAACUCAGUCGCCGAACCUGCUUUUGGCGGAAACAACGCAGACACGAGUAUUAAAUCGAAACUCGUAAAUUUGAUGACGAGUGUCAGGACACUUAUGAGAAGCAUCAACUCGGUAAUAAUCAUCUACGAAAUCGCACUCGGAUGA